GCAGCACAAAACCCACCUCUCAUCCUCUCUGUAACAUAACCCCCUUUUUAUUGAAAGAAUGAGAGAUCAACCGCCAGUAGCAAAACAUUGUAAUUCAAAAUAAUUAGCAUCAAUUUCUGAAGCAUUUCUCUUGCAAUUAAAUAGCAUCAAUUUCAGAAGCAUUUCUCCUGCAAUUAAAUAGCGUCAAUUUUGUCCUGCAAGUGAGAUUAGAAGAUACAAGAUUAGGCCCAAGAAACAGGGCAUGUGGAAGAUGGCUGGAAAGGCUAGCGGCACCGGACAGGCAUGCGCAUCAUGCAAGUACCAGCGCCGAAAGUGCUCUGCAGAUUGUCCUCUCGCUCCUUAUUUCCCACCCGAUCAAUUGAAACAGUUCCAAAAUGCUCAUCGCCUCUUCGGCGUAAGGAAGAUUCUCAAAAUCUUGGAGCAGCUCAACCCAGCCCAGAAAUCAGAGGCGAUGAAAUCCAUCAUGUACGAGGCAAAUGCGCGAGAGAGGUACCCUGCUCAUGGUUGUAUGGGAAUUAUCCACGCCCUCCAUAAACAGAUCGAAAUGGCAAUGCAGGAAAGAGACGAGUUAGUGCGUUGUUUAGCACUUUGUCAACAACAACAGCAACAGGAGCAUCACGGCUCCAUGGUGGUCGGGCAGGGCUCGUCUUUGCAGAUGGUGCAGCCCAUGGGUGGGAUGUCAGUGCACCAUGGUGGUGGCGGCAUGGGUUAUAAUCCGAGUUGGGUUGUGCAUGGAGGCAGUGGCGGGGUGGUGAAUGGUGGGGGUAUGGUGUAUGGUGGAGGAGGUGGAGGGUUGAAUGAGGUGGGGCAGGGUGGAGGAGGGGUGGAGUAUGAUGUAAUAAGCCCAUUUUUCGAGGGAGUGGAUGAUAGACAGUCUUAUGUGGAUUCAAAGGGAGGUGGGCAUGAAUCAAGCUCUGAAUCAUCCUUGAAGGAGACCCAGUCCAUGGAGAAAGUAUCUGACAACGAGCUCAAACUAUUCGAUAUCAAUUGAUGCUCAUGGCUCAUUUCAAGCACCCGAUGUCAAGCACCCAAGGCGGCCUCUCACUCCAUGUACAUUCACAGAGAUAGAAGGAAGAAGACCAAAAUCUCUCUCCAAAUAACCCUGAUUUUAUUCUUUAGUUCUUUUAAUAAGGUUAGCUCUCCAGACUUCGUCCAUCUUUCUUCACAAUUUUGUUACGGACUAAGGUGUAAUGAGAAGUUGAAGUUAAUAAAAAUUUCAGACUCUUUCAUUGUCAA